AUGACCUCUUUGUUCCUAUGGCAGCCCCUCCCAUCCAAGAAAAUAUCAUGUCUACGGCAGAAUAAUACAUCAUUAGUACUAUCUGCGCGUGGUUUAGGGAAGAUUUCAAACUCACUGAACUGUAAUUUUGAUAAUAUUAAUGAUCAGCUUAUCCCUAAACAUGUUGCUAUAAUAAUGGACGGAAACAGGAGAUGGGCUAAGGCUAGAGGCUUACCAGUGCAAGAAGGUCACAAAUAUCUUGCUCCUAAUUUAAAACAGAUCUGUAACGUUUCUUCUAAACUGGGAAUACAAGUUCUCACUGCUUUUGCUUUCUCUACUGAAAACUGGACUCGCUCCAAGGAGGAGGUUGAUUUCUUGAUGCAACUGUUCGAAGAGUUCUUUGAAGAAUUUAUGAGGCUCGAGAUGCGAAUUUCUAUUAUUGGAGAUAGAUCGAAACUUCCCACACUUUUACAAAAACGCAUAGAGUUGACAGAAGAGGCCACAAAAGCCAACACAGGACUUCAUGUUGUGAUUGCACUAAACUAUGGAGGGUAUUAUGACAUAUUACAAGCAACCAAAAGCAUUGCUAGUAAAGUAAAAGACGGUCUUCUGCAGUUGGAGGAUAUUAACAACGAUUUAUUCGAACGAGAACUCGUUACGAAGUGUAUCAAGUUUGCUAAACCUGAUUUACUUAUAAGAACUGGUGGAGAACAAAGAAUUAGUAUCUUUUUAUUGUGGCAGUUGGCUUAUUCUGAAUUGUAUUUUACAAAGACUUUAUUCCCUGACUUUGGAGAAAAUAAUCUGAAGGAGGCCAUACUUUCCUUUCAACAAAGACAAAGACGUUUUGGUGGCCACACAUAUUGA